GCUGUUGUUGCAGGCAUUUUGAAACUGUGUCUCCAUCACAUGAUUCCCGGUCGUCAUGUGGUGGAUGUAACGGGUUGGAAGUCUCCACCACAUGUCAUCUGAUGCUGGGAUUCAUGUCACAUGUUGGAAGUCCCCAUCAUGAAUCUCAGCUCAGGUGAGAGCAGCUUUAACACACAGGUGAGAGGCUUCACGAGCCACCUCUCGGCCAAUCACAGCCCAGAGUCGAGGUCCAUUGAGGAGCAGAGGUUUGAAACAGAUAAGAGCUCACGGAACUUGUGUAGAAACACCUGGAGCCCGAAUCAGCCUCAGUGCGACUCGGUGCCACCGUCUCCUCUCUGUUUAAAUAAGUAGAUCUAGGUAUUUGCAAAGAAAACAUGUCUUCCUCCUCCGGGCUCUUCCUCCUCCAUGUGUUGUCCGUGUGGGGUGCGUUGGGCUCCGUGUCGGGGUCUCCCGCCCUGGAGGAGGUGUACCAGGCAGUGGUGAGCGUCGUGUCCCCGGGGCAGCAGACUCUGAGCGGGGCCUCGCUCGGAAACCUCUUUAAUACGCUGGAGAAACGUGUGCAGUGCGGAGCAGUGUCGUGUGGAAAGUGUGAUCUAACAGGUGGUGUUCACCAGCUGUUUGGCAAUCACUCCAUCCACGGGGAGGAGGAAGCUGGAAGAGUCAGCCAUAAUGAAACCAUCAGCGUCUCCCAGUUCAGCGACCUCGCCGCCGGCACCGUCCUCUACCUCACUUCUCCUGGCCCGGUCUGCGACGCGAUACUUGAGGGGAGGUGGGGCGAGGAGACGGAGCAUUUCCUCCACAGGGUCACACAUCAUGAGCAGCACGAGCAUCUGGAGCACGAAGAGGGCAGGACGCAACAUGACCACGAACACAUGGACCUUCACCAAUUAGAGACUGUGCUGGUAGAGCUCCGGCACCACUAUGAGCCGUCACCCAGUGAGAGUUGUAUAACAGCCAGCAACAUCAUGGCAGAAGUCAACGCAUCGCUACCAGACCAGAGACAGGAAGUGGGCGCAGUUCUGGGCCGAGUCCUGUAUCACGCUCUGCAAGGUCACUGCUUCAUCAGCGAGUCCCUGCCCGAGGAGAGCUUCUUCCUGGAUUACAUCGUGGGCCGUCUGGGGUCAGAGAACUUCACUGUCGGGGAUUUGGAGACCCUUAUGAGGAGUCUUAACAUUGGGACUGUAGACGAACAUGGGCACGAACCCCACGGGGACGCACACCACGGGGACGAACACGGUCAUCAUGAUGACAGCGGUGCAAGACGGAGGAGGAGGAGCAGCAGCCAUGAGGGACAUGGAGGAAACAGCACCUGGGAUAAGCGCUGUUUCUCGGCUGAAGAGCUGGUCCUGAUCUUCGGCCUGGCUGCAAACAGCUCUGCCUCCUCGGGUCGGUCCGACGUGGCUCGGCUCAGCCCGGCAUUCGUCCAGCAGAUACUGAGCGGAGCCUGCGCAGGCGUGACAGAACCAGUGAAACCAGAUGAACUCACCAGGAUGGAGAGAUACCUCUAUGCAACCCUCGCCAAUGUGGUGAUAACACUCACGUCCAUGUUUGGCAUCGUGCUGCUGCUGUGUACCUCGUGUACCAGUAUGUUCCAGCUUUGUGUCCAGUUUUGCAUCAGCCUGGCUGUAGGUUCACUGACUGGAGAUGCCCUCUUGCACCUGUUACCCAUGUUUCUAGGUUUACACGUUCACGGAGACAAUGGCGGCGGCCACGAUCACCAGGAAGAAACGCCAGACUACAUGUACAAGAUGCUGGUGGUGAUAGCCGGGAUUUACUACUUUUACCUGAUGGAAACCGUCUUCUCUCUGAUCGCAUACAGAGAUAAUCACAGCCAUCACCAUCACCAGCACCAUCACGCCGAAGAAUCUGAGCCUCAUCACUGUGACCAUGGGGGGGUUUUAGAGAUGUAUCAGCAGGAAAGGAAACAAAGACAAGACAAGUCGGCCUCAAAAGUAGAUCUGGUCGCCUAUGAAGACAACCACAAAGUGCGCACAAGAGAACAGCGGCUGCUGCCCUACUUGAUCACCAUCGGUGACGGGAUCCACAACUUUGCAGACGGCUUAGCGAUUGGCGCCGCCUUCUCCCUGUCAUGGAAGUCUGGUUUGGCCACGUCUCUGGCUGUGCUGUGCCACGAGCUACCGCACGAACUGGGAGAUUUUGCCAUUUUGCUGCACAGCGGCGUGUCCGUACGCAGGGCGCUGCUUUUAAACCUCGCCAGUGCCAUGACCUCUUUCAUCGGCCUGUACAUCGCUCUGUCGAUCGCCACCAACCUGGCAACCCAACAGUGGAUAGCCGCAGUCACCGCUGGACUCUUUCUGUACGUCGGACUGGCUGACAUGCUCCCCACCAUGGUCCACAUCAGCAACAAGAGACCCUGGCUGAUGUUUCUGCUGCAAAAUGUGGGCCUUCUCACCGGCUGGGGAAUCCUGCUGCUGCUGUCACUUUACGAAGAGAGGAUCACUUUUUAAGGCACGGCCUCGUACAAACAGCACGCCAGCACAUUGGUGUGGCUCGUUUCUGGUGCACUCAAUGCAAAUUGUAAAAAUUUAUGAAUUACCUAAUUAUCCUUACACCCUAAGGACAGUAUGAAAAGCAGGAAAAAGGUCGACAGAAUACUGUCAGACACAAAGGGGUAAAGACACUGUCAGAUGAGGAGCUUAUCCAGUGUUAGAAGUUCUUGAAAAUUAAAACUACCUGUGUCUCCUAAAUAACUGAAACUCCAAAGCCCUGUCACCACAUAAUACAAUCCAGUAUAACACCACAAACUACAGCCAGGAGAGCUGACGCUUAUGCUUCUCUGAUAUAUGAUUUAUUACAAGCCUUGUGUAGUGGACUGAAUUAUGCCUUUUAAACAGGACUCUCUGUUUAAAGUAGAUUUUUUUUUUUUAAAUCUGUUGGUAAUGGUCUGAUGCUUACAAAAGAAAAGAAAUGUUAAGAAAUUUAUAUUUUAUCAAUGAGAAAUUUUUAUUUUAUCAAUGGGAUGCUCACUUAUUAAUUUUUUAUCCCCUGGCUUUGCAUUUUGUAGCCAGGGAUACGUGCACACACAUCAGCUUCACUCUGAGGACUUUACAGACACAUUAAAGGGAUGGUUCACCUGAAAAUUUAAAUUCACUCAUUAUACACUCACCACUAUGCCGAAGAACGUGGGGGUUAAGAGUUUGAGGCACAAAAACUCUGGUGAUUUACACCGUGUUUUUAGCCUUACAUCAUUUAGAAUAGAGGCUGGACUGUUAAACACAGUUAACCAUGUCUGUUUCUUGGCACAAAAAAAGUCAGUGCAGAUGUUUUUUAUAAAUUCCGUAGCACUGAUUAAUGUCAAUAGGCUAAUAUACAUGUCCUUUUAUAAUACAGCUUUAUAUAGAAUUGUUCUUUUGGUACAUUUUACUAAAUGUAUUUGGGAAAACAAACAUGUCACAUUUGCAAAGGAAAAAAGUGUACAGUUAAGAAAUUAUAUUGACUAUACUAUGGUAUAUAUUUUGCAUUUUUGCCUUGUUUAAAAAAAUCUAAAACCUCAUUAGGUCAUUGAGUAAUUUAGAGUUUUUUUCUUCAGCCUUAGUAGCACAUGAUGGAGACUUAAAGCAAAUUGUACUUAAGGGAACAAUAAGAGUGAAUCUGUUUUCCCUCUCUCUCGCUCAUGUUCCUUCUUGCAUUUGAUCAUCGGUCUGUCUUUAAAAUCUUAAAUUGCAAUAUUGAUGUGAAUGAGGCCAGAGGUGCAGUGGAUACUUGACUGUAUUUGUGUCUGUCUCAUCUAAUCUCUUUGACAUGUGAUCAUCUUCAUUAGGGACAGAGUCCACUGACGACUCAUUGCACAAAGACAGAGACGUAUAUGCUCACUGGGCACUUCAUUCCAAACACCUGCUUAUUUGUGCAAUUAUCCAAUUGGAGAAUCACGUGGCAGCAGUGCAAUGCACUAAACUCACAUUGACACAGAUCAGGAGAUCAGAUUAGAUAUGCUUUGAAACUCACUUGAACCACAGGAUCUACUCGCGCCUGAAAUUUUUAUAUCUGAGCAAAAGAAAACAGCCUCCGGAGUUCCACAAGGCUCCAGUCUGGGGCCUCUUCUGUUCAACAUAUACAUGCUACCAUCAGCUCAGAUUAUGGAAAACAACAAAACAUAUUUCCACUCUCAUGCAGAUGGCACAUACGUUCAUACACCAUAGCACCAGGGGACUAUAAUUUUAAACUUGUGCACUCAUGCAUCAUCUAGUCUCCUAAUGUCAUCUGGGAGAAGAGUUUUCUGUCACUGUCUUUUAUUAAAUAAUAAUUACGUAUUCCUUACACUGCACUUUAA